GGAAAUAAACAGAAAAAUACAGCAAUUUUUCACCAUUUCAACUCGGGCGAGGUACAAGAGCUCAACCUCAGCAACGAUCAAAGACCAAUAGGAGUGGAUUCUAGGUUCAUUAAAACGAGAGAGCGAGUAUUGGCCCUUACAGUUGUUUACAAGAGUUUCUCGCCGUGAUCUUUAUGUGAGGAUCGCGACGGGAGGAGAGACGCGGGGCUGAGGCUGAGAGAGAGGCAGGUGGACAUCCUUGUGUCUUCUUGGAUCUGUGCUCAUCAUCGCUAUUGAGAUCUCAUUGUCUGGUCCUCUGGUCCACAACAGGGAUAUAAACUGCAUCAGGAGGCAUUUUCCACUGCUUUAUACCCAACCACACAGGUGUCCGUCAGGCUGAAUCAUGGAGGCCAUUGCCAAGUAUGAUUUCAAAGCAACUGCAGAUGAUGAGCUGAGUUUUAAACGUGGGGAAAUAUUGAAGGUAUUAAAUGAAGAGUGUGAUCAGAACUGGUACAAAGCAGAACUAAACGGCAAAGACGGCUUCAUUCCUAAAAACUACAUUGAGAUGAAGGCGCAUCCGUGGUUCUUCGGGAGAAUUCCACGGGCCAGAGCGGAGGAGAUCCUAAACAAACAGAGGCACGACGGAGCCUUCCUCAUUAGAGAGAGCGAGAGUGCGCCUGGAGACUUCUCACUGUCUGUCAAGUUUGGUAAUGAUGUACAGCAUUUCAAAGUGCUGCGUGACGGGGCUGGAAAGUACUUCCUUUGGGUCGUGAAGUUUAACUCUCUAAACGAGCUGGUGGACUAUCACCGCACCACUUCCGUUUCCAGAAACCAACAGAUCUUUCUACGAGACAUCGAGCAGGUGCCUCAGCAUCCAACAUACGUGCAGGCCCUGUUCGACUUCGACCCUCAGGAGGACGGAGAGCUCGGCUUCAGACGCGGAGACUUCAUUCAGGUCCUGGACAACUCUGACCCCAACUGGUGGAAGGGCGCCUGCCACGGCCAGACGGGCAUGUUUCCACGCAACUACGUCACGCCUGUGAACCGGAACAUGUAAAGGAAAAAACCAAGUGAUUAGUGAAUAAGUUGUAAUUAUCGGCCCCUCACAUUCACAUACAAUCAGACUACCCUACAUGUCCCCGUCAACACCCUUAAAGUCCUGUGAAAUCUAAAGUGGCACAGAAGAAUGGAAAUUGUGACUGAAAUCAUGGAGAGAAAAAAAACGUAGCAGAGAGGCUGGACGUUUCCACCUCUUUCGUGGUGCCCGGGCGAAACUAUUAUUCCUGAGAAUCGUGAUGUCUUCUUGAACGCUUCCAGUCCAGACUGAGCUGUUAGGGUGAAGGAAAGGCUGAAUCUUAGCAUAGUAAACAACGCAUAAAUUAAAACAACAAUGAUUCUAUCUGUAGAUUCAUCCUGCUGCUUCUGGCUUCUUUUCUAGUCUACAAUUAGACUUUUUUUUUUUUUUUUUUUUUUUUUUGGCUGCAUGUUUAAAUCUCUUUAUAAUAGUAAAUCCUGAAGCUGUUUUUAAAAAGGAAAAAAAAAUGUAAGAGUUAAAAAAAAUGCAAAUGCAUUGUACAUCUGGGCUGUGGAAAAAAAAAACACCUAUAGAGAGAAUCCAUUUUUUUAAGAAUAUAUAUAUUAUAUAUUUGUAUGUGUCUGUCAGUUUUAUCUUUCAACACAUUUUUGUUUUCUUUUUUCCAAUUGUAAAUUAUGUUAAUUUUUUGGGGAGGGCGAAUGAAACGGAGUAGCUCUGGGACAUGCUAAUUUUAUGAGCAUCCCAGACGUAACACCGUAGUAUUUAACGCAUCAUGUAUUCCAUUUGACAUCAUUCUUAUUUUGUUUUAGAACCAAUAGAUGAGUGGAUCCUUGACGAUAGCGAUAUAUCGCAAGGGAGCUUCCGGUCUUGCAGGAGUUGAUCUAAUGUGAAAUACCCCGCGGCUAGCCACCAUUUUUAAGCCAAUGUAUUUAUUGCAGCCAGUUUUUAUUUUUCUUGGGUUGUGAAUGUAGCCGACAUCACUCUGUAGAGAUCAUCAUGAGGGACUUUAGAUUGGAGAGCUGAACUGCAGGUGCAUGAUUUCAGAGACGCAUCUAAUCAUGGUGUCAAAAGCUGUUCACUUACUGCAUUUGUAACAUUUAAAAUCACUAUAUUCGGUGUCGAAAAACUGGCAGAUGCCGGUUAAGCCAGUAAGAAGUAAGAAACCAGAGAGUUUUCAAAUAUAGAGUUGUCACAUCGACUAAUGUGAUGCAUUUGUUUUUUGGUUUUCCUUCAUUUUUGUCUUUUCAGUGUUGUAUGUUUUAGCUCUUUAUAUGUAUUUUGUUUCCCUCCUUGUGUAUUAUCGACCUGGUUUUCCGUGAUGUGUUUUGUUCUCUCUGGAUUAGUGCCUUUUUCUCUGGUAUGACAGUGUCUCUGGCUUGCUGCUUUAGCCUGAGCAUUGGGUUUCGUCAGACCCGCAGUGAGAAAUCAUGUGCGCCCUCAUCCUCCUUCUCCUCCUCUUGAACACACCUGCACACAUUCACUCCUAUUUAAAUGUCUUGCCUUUUUUUCUUAACUUUUUUUUUGGCCUUUUUCCUUGUUUCUUUUGAAUAAAUAAAAAGAAAAUUAUAAAAAAA